AUAUAUUAAUUUUACUACACACACACACACACACACACACACACACACACACACACACACACACACACACACGUGUUAUAGCUGCAUUAUACAUUGCUCUCAAAUUAUCUAGCUCUUCACCCCUAAAUUCUUAUGCUGUUAACCGGUUUGCUGUGAGGCAGUGAAGUAUUAUUCCUAUUUUACAGAGGGGCUAGAAAUCAGUGAGUUGCAUAAUAUGUUGGGUAGAAGAUACUUUGCAGUAAAUUGUUCAUGCCUAAAAAUAAAAAAAUGCAAUUUGGAAUUUUAAAGUUCACUUUAAGAUUGUUUAAAUCUAGUCUGUCUUGUUUUUCUAAGUGAGACAGUGGCUCAAAUGUCAGUGGGAAGGAAGAUAGUCCAGUGGUUAGAGUAUUAGCCUGGGAUUUGGAAGACCUGCUUCAACUCCCUGUUCUUGUAGACUUUGUAGUGACCUUAGAAAAGUCACUUAAUCUGUCUGUGCCCUAUCUAUAAAAUGGGGCUAAUAGUACUUCCCUUCCUUACCUGGGUGUUAUUCUUAACACCUUAAAGAUUGGGAGGUGCUUUUAAGAGGACAGCUACUCUGCACCUCCUGAAGAUCAUUCUGCUUUACAGGGUCUCAGAUUUGGUAUGAAAAAGCAAGGCAUUCAAAAAUCACUAGUCACUUCUGAAAAUCAUGGCUGAGUUGUUUAAUUGCCUGUUUCUCUGUGUUAGGGUGACCAGAUGUCCUGAUUUUAUAGACAGUCCCGAUUUUGGGGGCUUUUUCUUAUAUAGGUGCCUAUUACCCCCAAACCCUUGUCCUAAUUUUUCACACUUGCCCUCUGGUUACCCUCUGCUGUGUGUAAAAAAGAUAUUUGCCUUUGCAAAGUGAUUUGCAAUCUAUGGGUGUAAAGCACUGUAUCAAAGAUGAGUUCUAGGCUUUAUUGGCUAAAUGAGAUUCUUGUGUGUGCAUAUACACUCAAAGGAACAUGUGCAGGGUAAGAUACCAAUAAAUCAAAGUUUUACAAAUGCAAGACUGAGGGACUGCUUCCAGCCUACUACGGGAAGUGCCUAGUUUAUUUCCAUUGUCCAAGGAAACAGCAAUGCAGAAAGUAAACAGCAUAAACAGUAGUGAGGUUAGUGGUCUAUUACAGGAGUAAGUGGGUGAGAUUCUGUGGUGUGCCAUGUGCAAGGAGGUCAGACUAGAUGAUCAUGAUAGUCCCUUCUGACCUUAGUCUAUGAGCACUAAAAAUGAAAAGGAAACUAGAUUUUAAAACUACAUUUGAGUUUUAAAACUCAUGUUAUUCUUUUUCAGCAGAUAAUGUUCCUUUAAUUCCUAAAAUGUGGAUAACUAUUCCUCCACCUCAUUAGUUGUUUUUUCAUAUAUACUUAUUACAUGUGACAAUACCCUUUCUUUAUAACUCUCCAUUUCCUUUGUGGCAAUCUAAGGGCUUGGAAACGCACACAUUGUACUGCUUUACAUAUACUAGUCUAGUUAAAAAGUAGUGCACCUCCCUUUAAGGUGGAUGCAAUUAUACUGGUAUAUUCCUGGAAGGGAAAACAACUACACCACUCCAAGGCAACUUUCAUACCACUCUAACUGUCCAUGCUAGGGGUUUUACUGAUAUAGCUGUUUUGGUAGAAAAUCACAUUUCUGAUAGCUAAAUCAAUAAAAAAAACUUGGUGUAGAUCAGGCUUUAGUCCAGUCCCUGUAAAGAAUAGUGUGCAUGAGGAGGCAGGGGGGGGGGGGGGGGCGUGUUCCCAUGUCAACCUUAAUACUUUUCCUGGCAUAGCUCUGUCAGUGAAGAGUGGCAGGGAUCCCACCCUUUCACCAGAUAUAGCUGUGCCAGCAGAACUAUGUAGGGUAGAUGAAGUGAUAAUAGCAAAAUUACACUUUUGAGAGUGUAGCUUAUCUCGCUUGGGGGCUGGAAUAAACUAUACCCACUAGGAGUGCUUUGCUGGUAUAGUAUAGUGGUAUAGCUACCCUCACAAAGUGCUCCUGCUGUAGACGUGGCCUUGGUCUCCAUAUUCCAUCUAAUGUACAGAACAAUGCUAUGUAAAGAACACACUGUAAGCAAUGCAGCAUGUUAGUUUAAAGGUAAACUGUGUGUGGGUGGUUUCGUAUUUAGAUAGAUCAGCAUGCAUGUCCCAAAGGAGAGAGUCUGCAUUACUCUCCCCAAUUGACAGAUGGAGAGAUAACCACAUAGAAAGUGACUUGCCUGAAGUUGCACAAUCAGAGGUGGAGUGGGGGGGGAGAACCCAUCUCUACCCCCUUUCAGGCCUUAUUGAACCCACCAGCACCAAUGUAUAUAGCAAAGGUUAGGGCUUUUCUGUGGAAAAGGAUAGCUUAGUUCUCCCCUCCCUUCCAGUAUAAAAAGCUCUUCCUUUUUAAAUGCUUAGUUGUGAUUGAUAGCCCAAGAGAGGCUAGUCUGACCACCCUAUACAUUACAAUGUAUUUACAUGUGUCAUUUUGGGGCUCUAGUAAUGUGCUGUCAGCAGCUCUAGGAAUUCCUAUGAUGAGAUAAAACUGUCCUGGGAAUGUUUUAUAGCUGCAACUGGGUCUUCUACUGUCUCUGUUUAUGCAAAAGAAAAUGUGUGUGCACACACUAAAUCCUCACUCCCACUAAAAAUCUGUAUUCACCCCCCAUUUAAAUACUAAUGUGAACUGUAGGCAGCUAAGCUCUGCCCUUUGCCCUACAGCGUGCUGCCUUUCAUUCUGAAUAGAUUUUGAUGACUAUAAAAAUUAUUCCCAAACCACUCCCACAAUACACAGAUAUUUUACACAGCAGUAUUUUGCGCUUUUGUGCAGUGGUUAUCUGCAUUUUAAAGAGGAUUCAGGUUGGAUUUGCUUUUUAGUCUUUUUAUUAUUAUCGUGCUGGGGAGAGAGAGCAAACUAACUUCACUAAGGGAAAGGGGAAAUGUUGUCCUCAAGCAACCAGGGGCUGUGGCUAUUUGCAUGGUUAGGUCUUAAUGAAAGACCAAAUACAAAUAAAUCCUUCCUUCCCAGACUCUUAAGCAAUGCAUUAAAGUUCAUCCAAAAGGAGGCAGAGUGGGCAGGUAAGCUUUCCACUGCCUGGCUGAUGCUUGGAGUGCAACACACCCACCUGGGAUCACCUCCCCUUGCGCUCCAGGCAGGAACUCACGGGUGGGCGGGGCCCUAGAGCCCCUAUUAUGACGUAAGCGCUAGCAACAGUGAGCUUCUCUCGCGUCCUGGAUACGGCUCCCCCCUCCCCCCGCAGGCUCCCUCCCCCUCCCCCUGAGCAGCCCAUUGAAUCCCUGGCCCCAGCAGCUAGGUCUGUUGCCUUCUCCUUCCUUCUCUCCUCAGGGGCUCAGGGAAUGGGGGAGAGGCUAGGAGGGCAGUGUGCUAAAGUAGAGAGAAGGUGAGAGGUGGGGAAGGCAGGAAGGUGACAGCGUCCUGGAAGAGGAAAAGCAGCGCACGCCCCUCUGCUUUCUGCUGCUUCACCUUGGUGGGGGAUGUAAAAAUGCUGGACAAUAUCCAUGCUGCAAUCCUCGAGUCUGGCAGGACCGUGUUCCCAACGCUCCCGAAGCUCACGGCGGACGAAGUCUUUAGUAUUUGGGCCAAUGUGUCUGAAUUUGUGGAACGGCAGCUCUCCAUGAACAAGGGUGUCCAAAUACCAGGGCUUGGAACAUUCUCUUUUUUAAGACAAAAAUUAGAUGUUGGCAACAAUAAAUUUAUCCUUAUUCAAAGACCUGUGUUUCUUCUGUCUGAGAAACUAGCCCAGAUUCAUGGACUCAAACUUGCCAAAAUACACACUCCUGGUGAUAUCCCAAUUAUUCAACUGAACUUCAUCAUGUUAUCCCUGGAGGGUCCCUUUAACAGGGAGAUAGUGGAAGGAUGUGUAAAAGAGACCCUGCUUUUUUUCUCACGAUCCAUCGCUAUCAAACAGAAUGUUGAAUUCACUUUCAAGGGAAUUGGAGUUCUCGUUAUCCGGGACAACAAAGUGAAAAUGAAAUUUUACAAAGAUUUCCUUCAAGCCAUGGAUGGCAGUGGCAAUCUCGUGAAAGCUCUUUCCAAUAGGCCCGGGACGGGGGAUUCAGUUAUUUCAGGAAGAGAAACUGCAAUGUCUCAGUCCCGUGCUUGCAGUGUUGUCAUGUUUCCAAGGAUUGAGUUGAAGGAAACAGACAACAAAGCAGCCAUGGAAACCAUCUUAGAAGAACGUGAAAAGUCCAACAAAGAAAAGGAGCUAAUAGAAAAAGAGAGAGCUCAUAGUAACAGUAGCAGUAAAAAAGAGAAUCUUCCCAUUAAGCGCCUUCUGUCCCGACAAUCUGUUGUUCCUGCCAAAGUGUCAGGGUUCAAUCUGACUGAUGAGCUGGAGAAGAACAUCAAGCAAAAGAAUGCCCCUGAAAGUGCAACAUCACCUGCUCCUCCGUGUUUCUCAAAGACAGAAACUGACUGCGGUCCCAACCUAAUUCAUGCUACUGGACCCAGAACCCCAUCCCCUCUUUGUCAAGAUCAUGGUAGGGCUGGACAGGAAAUGUGCUACCUGUGUAUGCAGCGUGCUCAGAGAAACAUCCCAGUGUACUUAAGCGAAGAGAGGCGGAGGAAAGAGCUGGAUGAUGACAGAAUAUUGGCGCAAUACCAAACUAUGAAAGACCAAGAGGCUCUUCAUAGGCAGCAGAUGAAAUUCUUGGCGAACAGAGAACAGAACCAAAAAAACGCUGCCUUUAACCUGGGGGUGGCUGAAGCAAUGAGAAACCACAAGAAUGAAAAAUCCACAGAAUUUUAUAAAUCAUUUGUUUUUGUUAAACGGCCGCCCAGCCCUCCCCCCUACAUCAAGCAAGAGGAGUAUUCACAAGACUUGUUGAAGCAAAUGGAGGAGAAGAAGGAGAAGGAAGCAAAACUAAAGCAGGACAAAGAGCUGAUGGAUCGGCUGGAACAAGUGCAGCUUGCAGAAGAGCUAGCUGCCCAAAGAGCUAAAUACCUGAAGGGCAAGAUGGAAGAAAUGCAGUGCUAUAAGAGGGCCUUGGAUACACAGAUAAAGUUGAAGCCGAUACAGUUGCCGGUCUGUGAGCCUGACUCAGCAGAUCUCAUCUUUGGGAAGAGUGAUAUGACCAAUGAGAAGCUUGCGGAAAAAAGGCAGCGAGCCCAGGAGUUCUACAAGCACCAGCUGCAUGCCACAGCCCAGCGGAAGAGGACAGCUAUCCUCAAUCAGUUGGUGGAGCAGAGGAGAGAAACUGACAUGCUGCAGAGAGCCAAGAGAGAGUGGAUUGCAGACAGAGGAGCGCAGUUUGAGAAAAUAUUCCAGAUGAAUUUAGCAGUGCAGGACGACUGGCAAAAAAGCGCUGGAAUGAAAAGGCUAAGGGAAGUUGAAGAGAAGCUAUUUGAGCGUGCCGGGGACAAGCUCAUGCUACUUGAUCAGUGCGAGAGGUACCGACGCUGUUUCCAGUGUAAGAGGCGCACGACCAACUGCGGGGAAUCCAAUUUGUGGUCAGAGUCUAGAUACAUUCCAGGAUCCCGGUUAAUGGUUUGAAGCAAGUUUUCACCCUAUUUUUGUUUUCUUCGUGCGGAUUUUUCCCCCCCCGAAUGUGGUGAGCUAUGUCUCACAGCUCAAUGAAAAUUGCUCUAAAGAUUGUUGCUUUUGGACUUAGGUUUUUAUGAGAAUUAUGUUGAAUUAAACAAAG